AUGACCACCGCCCCCCUCAAGUACUCCAAGUCGAAAAAGGUCGGUGAAGGUACCUAUGCCGUGGUGUACCUUGGCACGCAAAUCUCGUCCAACAGAAAAAUCGCCAUCAAAGAGAUCAAGACGGGGAUGUUCAAGGACGGGUUGGAUAUGUCUGCCAUAAGAGAAGUCAAGUAUCUCCAAGAGCUCAAGCAUCCGAACGUCAUUGAGCUCGUGGAUGUGUUCUCUGCAACCAACAACUUGAACCUCGUGUUGGAGUUCUUGCCUUGCGAUCUAGAGGUGUUGAUCAAAGACACCUCUGUGGUGUUCAAGUCUGCUGAUAUCAAGUCGUGGUUAUUGAUGACCCUCAGGGGAAUACACCACUGUCACCGGAACUUCAUCUUGCACCGAGACUUGAAGCCCAAUAACUUGUUGUUGGCCCCUGAUGGGCAAUUAAAGAUUGCGGAUUUCGGUUUGGCGAGGUCCUUGGGCAAUGCCAAUGAGGACUUGACCUCCAAUGUGGUCACCAGAUGGUACAGAGCACCCGAGCUUUUAUUUGGAGCAAAGCAUUAUACGCCUGCGGUGGAUAUGUGGUCUGUGGGUAUAAUCUUUGCCGAAUUGAUGUUGAGAACUCCAUACUUGCCAGGAAAAGAUGAUGUGGACCAGCUCGACGUUACAUUCAGAGCAUUGGGAACACCCACAGAGCAGAUAUGGCCUAACGUUUCUAUGUUGCCGCAGUACAAUGCCUUGAGAGUGUAUCCUCCCCCUUCCAGACAAGAGUUGAGAAAUCGGUUCAGUGCCGCGACUGAAAAGUCCUUGGACCUUUUGAUAUCUAUGACACAGUUGGAUCCAAGCAGAAGAUGCGAUCUGACGCAAGCUUUGCUGCACGAGUUCUUUUUGGAGUCUCCCAGACCAACGGAACCAGAAGACCUUCCUAAAAAGAAAGAAAAGAGAGUCAAGGAGGAAGAUGACGAGAUGAAUAAACGCUUCAAGGUGUAA